AUGGACGAUUCUAUUACAUCAACUUCAGCAGGUAAAUCAAAAUCAUCUUCUCCAUUGGUUUCUUUUUCUAAACCACCAUCACCUGUUUUAUUAAAAGCUCAUGCAAGAUCAAGAAUAUUAAAAAUUAAAAGAGAUGAAACAUCAGCUGUAGAUGAUGAAGUAGCUCAUGAAAGAUAUAUGCAAGCAUCACAAAAAGUAUCUCUUUCAUUUGGGGAUAUAUUUAUUGACAAUAACAGUACAGAAGUAAGAAAACGUGCAAAUAGUUGUGUUGAACCAAUUUCAGUUCUUACAUCAGUCCCAACUAUUCCACUGAAUUCUUCUUCUUCUCCAAAAUUAUCAUUAGAAGGAAAUUCAUCAAGCCUUCAAAAACAAUGUUAUUCUCCAAGUACUAAUCAAAUUGUAGAGAAUAAUUUACCUUAUUCUCCAUCACCAACUCCUUCACCAACAAGACAUAGAAUAUUGAGAAGUUGUAGUCCAAGAACACUUUUAAGUCGACCAUCAUCAAUAGGUAAUAUAGGACAAGGAUCAAUAUCUGGUUUAAAGCGACCACGUCCAGAGGCAUUAUCUGCUGGUGGUUCACCAUAUCAAUAUGAAUCUGAUAGUGAAAGUGUUUCUUCAGUAUCUUCUACAGGCAUUCAAACAACAGCAUCUUCUUCAUCGACACAAGUUUCUUGUAAUAGUACAUUUAGAAAUUCUUUAUUUGCUGCAAAAAAACCAAAAUUGGCCAGAAAUUGUCCUAGUCCAUUAACAAAAGUCUCAACAACCCCAACGGAAGGACUUGUGAUAACAACAUUUAAUAACUUCCCAACAAAUGAAUUGUCAUAUCAAGAUAUUAUGGAAUUUGAAAAUGAUAGUGGAUCAAAUGUUGCAACAAAUGCAAAUUUUAUGAAACCACCAACAAUCAUUAAGAAUGGUUUUGAUAAAUUCAAAGCGGGUAAUAUGAACAUGGCAAAAAAUUUUGUUGAAGAAAGAAUUGGCACUUCAGAAUUUAUGAAGCCUACUUCUCCCUCAAUAGUAAAUAACAGAGAUAAAGAAGUAACUUCUGAAAAUGGUGUAGUGAAUUCUAGUGAUUUACAACAUACAAUAACAUUUUGUGAUAAUGAAAAUCAAAAAAACACUUCGUCUAAUGAUGUUAAUGAUAUUUAUAGAAAUUUCAAUACUGAUGGUAAUGCAGAUUCUACCAGUGAUUUUUCUUUUCAAAAUAACCUCAAAGACACUGUUUCAUCAACUAAUACGAGGAUUUAA